AUGCUUCCAGCGGCAUUUGCGGCUUUGAAUAAUCCAUGCCUUCAGGCACCGUGGGCAGCUUAUGGUGCUUGGCCAGGUGCAAUCGCAAUGAUGGCAGCAUUAUUCGUCUUUUUUACUGAAUACAUCGCGUUAAAAAUGGCUGCCAGGAUGGAUGAAGCGAAUAAAGAAGAAACUCGUGAGGCCUCCGAAAAACAGGAUGAAAAUGAACAUCUUCAUCACCAGGCUCAUACUGCUUUAAGCUCCCGUGCUCAAAUAAUAGGUUUCUUUGUUCAUGAAUCCUACAAUCCUAAUUCUGAAACCGCGCUUAUCGUACAAGGAAUUUUUGAUUCGAUCUCUGCUGGAAUUCUUUUAUAUGCCGCUUUGGUUGAACUUAUUGCCAAUGACUUCAUUUAUGACCAGGAUUUUCAAAAUAAAACUCCUAGAAACAAUCAAAUUGCCGCUUUCUCCUGCUUAAUUGUUGGUGCUGGUAUUAUGGCUGCGAUUG